CGCCCAGGUAGGAACCGGCGCGGGCGAUGGACCACGGACUCGGAGCCGUAGGGGCCCGGCAGGAGGGGAGGAUGGGCUGAGACCCACCUCUCAGGCACAGGCAGCCUCGCGGCCCAGGGAAGCCCCCCAGCUUGGUUCCUUCCCAAAGCGAGCCGGAGUCUGUGCUUGGCUGCCUGGGGGAGUGGGGGGCACAGCUCGAAGGAGCCAGAGGAAUCCACAGGCAGAGAUCUAAGCGGCACAGACAUGCCGGUGCUGUCUGAGGACUCCGGUUUGCAUGAAACCCUGGCACUACUGACCUCUCAGCUGAGACCUGACUCCAACCACAAGGAAGAGAUGGGCUUUCUGAGGGAUGUUUUCAGUGAAAAAAGCCUCAGUUAUUUAAUGAAGAUUCACGAGAAGCUUCGCUAUUACGAGAGGCAAAGUCCAACCCCCGUCCUGCACAGCGCUGUGGCCCUCGCCGAAGAUGUGAUGGAGGAGCUGCAGGCUGCCUCCGUGCACAGCGACGAGAGGGAGCUGCUCCAGCUGCUGUCCACCCCCCACCUCAGGGCCAUGCUCAUGGUACACGACACAGUCGCCCAGAAGAAUUUUGACCCCGUUCUCCCCCCUCUGCCUGAUAACAUCGACGAGGAUUUUGAUGAAGAAUCAGUGAAGAUCGUCCGCCUGGUGAAAAACAAGGAACCCUUGGGGGCCACCAUCCGGCGGGAUGAGCACUCAGGGGCUGUUGUGGUGGCCAGGAUCAUGCGAGGGGGCGCAGCAGACCGGAGCGGCCUGGUCCACGUUGGAGACGAGCUCCGGGAAGUGAAUGGGAUCACAGUCCUGCACAAGCGGCCCGACGAGAUUAGCCAGAUUCUGGCGCAGUCCCAGGGAUCCAUCACCCUGAAAAUCAUCCCAGCCACCCAGGAGGAAGACCGCCUAAAGGACAGCAAGGUGUUCAUGCGGGCCCUCUUCCACUACAACCCUCGGGAAGACCGGGCCAUUCCCUGCCAGGAGGCAGGCCUGCCCUUCCAGCGCAGGCAGGUCCUGGAGGUGGUGAGUCAGGAUGAUCCCACGUGGUGGCAGGCCAAGCGAGUGGGGGACACCAACCUUCGAGCUGGCCUCAUCCCUUCCAAGCAGUUCCAGGAAAGGCGACUGAACUACCGGAGAGCCACAGGCACCCUGCCGAGUCCCCAGAGCCUCAAGAAGCCCCCCUAUGAUGAUCCCUGUGACAAAGAGACCUGUGACUGUGAGGGGUAUUUCAAAGGACAUUACGUGGCUGGUCUUCGGAGGAGCUUCCGGCUGGGCCGCAGAGAGAGACUGGGAAGCCCACAGGAAGGAAAGACCUCUGCAGUGACCGAGUCUCCGGAGCUGCCGACUUACGAGGAGGUGACCAGGUACCAGCACCAGCCUGGUGAGCGGCCCCGCCUGGUGGUUCUAAUCGGGUCUCUGGGAGCCCGACUACACGAGCUGAAACAGAAGGUGGUGGCAGAGAACCCUCAGCAUUUUGGUGUUGCCAUUCCACAUACCACCAGGCCCCGGAAGAGCCAUGAGAAGGAAGGAGUAGAGUAUCACUUUGUCUCUAAGCAAACAUUUGAAGCUGACUUGCAUCACAACAAGUUCCUGGAGCAUGGUGAAUAUAAGGAAAACCUGUACGGAACCAGCCUGGAAGCCAUUCGGGUUGUGAUGGCCAAAAACAAAGUUUGUUUGGUGGACGUGGAGCCAGAUGCACUGCAACAACUGAGGACCUCAGAGUUUAAACCCUAUGUUAUAUUUGUAAAGCCUGCAGUUCAGGAAAAAAGGAAGACGCCACCCAUGUCUCCAGCUUGUGAGGAUGCAGCAGCCCCACUUGAUGAGGAGCAGCAAGAGAUGGCCGCCUCUGCCUCCUUCAUAGACCAGCAUUAUGGGCACCUGGUGGAUGCUGUACUGGUUAAGGAGGACCUCCAGAGUGCGUACAGCCAGCUCAGAGCGCUCUUAGAGAGGCUGAGCAAGGACACUCACUGGGUACCUAUUAGUUGGGUCAGGUGACUGUAUCCUAGAACAUCCAGAUUGGAGGGGACCUGGAAGACCACCUGGCCCAGCCUACCCCAUGCUACCAUCAAGGAAUCUCAAGUGAGAGGGGCAGAAAUUUCCAUAAACUCCAUCCUCAAGAAGAGUCUCUGUGGGAAGUCUUGUUUGUCAUUGGUUUUUGUCCAUUGCUUUUCACUGCACUCCUUUGGAGCAGAAAACACAAGUCAAAAGGGGGUAUAUAUCACAGUAUAACACAUGUCAUUCAUUAAAGUAUCACAGGCAAGUUGACCCUGAUUCUCUGUACCAAAGUUGAGUAGCCACUGUCUUUAGGCAGGGGAGGUGGUGGUGAAUGUAUGCAGUACCAGUUUGCAGAGGUAAUUUAAGCUUUAUAAACAGACUGACACUUCAUUUAUCGGGCUUUGUCUGAAGUUGAGUUGUUUUACCCAAGAGGACUUAACAUGCAACUGAAGUUCACCUAUCUUCAGGCAGUAAAAUGUUGAUCUUUUGAAAGUUUUUGAAAGUUUUUGUUUGCCUUGCAAUGGAAAAUGUGGUUCUCUGCCUUCUUGAAUAGUGAGCAUUCACAAACUUUUUUGACAGACUAAGGUGUGCUUCCCUGUCACCAUGAGUUAUUGUACUAUUCUAUGAUAUGGUGGUGUUUUCAGGGACUCUUGUGGAAUGUAAGGCUGCUUGUGCCUUUUCUAUAUAUCCUCAGACUCCAAAAAUUUAUGCUUGCUUGCUUUGAUUUAUUCUGUUCUGUCACUUGUCUCUCUUGUUACUGACAAUUGCCCUGGUUCUCACCUGUCCCUUCCUUCAGAUCAUAGGAGCUCCUGACAUGCUAGGAGCUUUCCAUGACAUGCUAGGUCAUGGAAAAACAGAUGAUCCCCACACCUCCAGCCCCCACCCCCAUCAAAUCUAUGUCUAAACCACAAUAAAUCAGUCAUGACCAUCAAAAUCUAAGUAUAUAGACUCUGAGUGUGGGCCUGAUGGUUUGUCUCUGAGCAAAAGUGUUUAAUAUCACAACAGAUUUGUGAUACAUCUUAGCUUCAGAGAAUUUUCUUUUUAAUAGCCAAUGUAUAUAAACCUUUAUUCUGUGCCAGGAGUCUACGCUAAGGCCUUUACCUACAUGACUUUGUAGGUAAUGCACCAAGCCUAUGAUGUAGUGUUCUUUUUCUUUUUUAGCCACACAGCAUUGCUUGUGGGAUCUUAGUUCCCCAACCAGGGAUUGAACCAGCACCAUUGGCAGUGAGAGUCCUAACCACUGGACUGCCAGGGACUUCCUUGAUGUAGGAUUCUCAUCAUCCCUAUUAUACAAAUGAGAAAAACAAGGCUAAGAAAGUUUAAAUAAUGUGUUCAAGUUCACCCAGCUUUAAAAAAUGGCAGAGCCAUAAUAUUAGAGUCCAACUCUAAUACCAGUGAUGGUCAUUAAUCACUAUACUGCCUCUCUUUUGUGGCCCCAUAACUGAGGCUGCCUGUUAAGCCAUUGACUUAGAAGUGAGGAAUGUGCUCUCAGCUAGAAUUUACAAUAAUAUGCAAUAUGGCUGCAACUUCUAAGACUGGAAAGAGGCUGCUUACAGCUCUUGAAAGAGCUCUUCCUCAUGAGAAAGGAGGCGAGGUAAAGUGCAAAGCACCAAGGAGAAGAUCUGCUGCCUGUUUAGAAAUUUCCAUUUUGCCUUCUUACACAAGGAUACCUUUUCCACUUUCUAUUGGAUUGGCCAAAAUGUUGGUUCAGGUUUUUCCAUUACAAUGUUGCAGAAAAACCCAAACGAACUUUUUGGUCAACCCACAUAGCUCAUGAACCUAGUAGGUCCACGGAACAGGAUCACAUUCUUCAAACCUUUCUAGCAAAAGGAUGAGGACCUCUUUGUAUUUACAAAGUACUGGAUUCUUACCAAGUUAAAUUAGUCUUAGCUGUUCCACAUAGAACCAGAUGGGAAAGGCAGCUGCUCUUUGAAGCUGAGUGGCACAUACCAAGUUGUGUAUAUUAUACAGGAGAAAGAAAAAAGUGAACAUGUUAGUCGCUUAGUCAUGUCCGACUCUUUGUGACCCCACGGACUGUAGCCCGCCAGGUUCCUCUGUCCAUGGAAUUCUCCAGGCAAGAAUACUGAAGUGGGUAGCCAUUCCCUUCUCCAGGGACUCUUCUGACCCAAGGAUCAAACUCUUCUCCCACAUCACAGGCUGAUUCUUUACCUCUGAGCCACCAGGGAAGCCCCAUUAUACAGGAGAGAAGGAUUAAAAUCAGCCCUCAGGCAAAAAACAUGUAAGUCAAAAUUACUCUUGAAAAGUCCUCCAGGGUGGCCCCUUGGUGGAGAUCCUAACCAACUCUUAGCAGGGCCCAACUGGGUGGUUUUCCCCCAUUGUAGGAGCACAAUGGUUGAAUAACAGAUUUUUUUUUUUAAUUUCAAGCAACUCAGCAUUUUCUUAUUUUUAAUAUUUUCUUAAUGAUUGUGAGAUGACUAUUUCAUCUCUUCAUCUUUCUCUUCAUGUGUAUUGUGAAGCAAGGCAUUAAAUUGUGAUGCCUGCUUUAUUUUCUGUCUAGGCAACCUCCUCAACCCGAAGGCAAACUGUGUUGACAGCUGUUUGGCUGCUACAAAAUGUGUGAGAGUAGAACGGAUAGGGCCCCAGAGACAGGUCAUUUGUAAAGUGCUUUUGCUGUUCGUAAAAAUAAAACUCUUGUUUUAAAAAAAAAAAUGCAAACCUGUUUGCAAAUAUAUAUUGGUGGAAUAUAUAUAAAUUC